AUGAAUACGAUUCGAUCAACCUGGAUUGGCUGGGGCGCUCUCACAGUUGCGGGCGGUGGUGCCUACUACUUUGCGAAAAAGUCCAUCAACGCCGAUCGCGCGACCCGAUAUGAAGCAGAAGUGAAGAAGAAGGCCCAAAUGGCAGCCCUCGAAAACGAGCACCGACGUCAGGACACGCUGCGCCAGUCGAGACCGAAUGCGACGGAUGAUCUAUCGCCGAGUUCACAGGCUAGUCAUGACCCGGCAGCCACGCGCCAUGAACCCGAGACGGAGGCAGAACGGGUACUAGAGAAGAGCAAAUAUGAGACGGCGCAACCAUUCCGACCUCCUAGGGGCAAUCGAUUUAGCUGA